UUGCUCUUCAUCCAUGUCCCACGAUCAUUAGGCCCCCCUCCUUCUUCCGCUCUCCAAGCACCAAACACUCCUCUCUAUCGCUUCCUCUAUGAGCGCCACCGACGCCGGAGCCAAUGGCGGCGCCGGAGGAGCCCCGCCAGCGCAGCUGGUUGUCCGGAAACCUCCUUCUAAGGACCGUCAUAGCAAGGUUGAUGGUCGUGGCCGCCGGAUCCGCAUGCCGAUCAUCUGUGCUGCUAGGGUUUUCCAGCUGACGCGUGAGCUAGGGCAUAAGUCUGAUGGACAGACUAUUGAGUGGCUUCUUCGCCAGGCUGAACCCUCCAUCAUCGCUGCCACUGGCACCGGCACCACUCCGGCUUCUUUCUCUACGCUCUCCGUCGCCCUCCGCUCUUCGUCUACGUCUGACUCGAAGUCUUCCCCUGUUGCGACGUCCGCAGCGCCGUUUAUUCUUGGGAAACGUCUCCGCUCCGAUGAUGAACCUGACCCGUCGUCUAAGGAUGAGAACAGUGCUGUUGCUGCUGCUAGUGCGGUCGGGAUGGGGAUGGGGAUCGGGCCUGCCGGAGGGUUCUGGGCUGUUCCGGCGAGGCCGGACUUUGGGCAGCUUUGGGGGUUCGCUGCGGCUGCGCCGGAGAUCGUUAUGCCGCCUUCGGCGGCAGGGGUUACGAGGUUUGCUGGAGAGGCGUCGGCUGCCAGAGUUGGGAACUACUUUCCGAUCGCUCAGGGGCAUUUGAACUUGCUCGCUUCGUUGUCGGGGACGCCGGCGGCUGCUGCCGCCGCCGCUGCGGCGGCGGGGAGGAGAGAGGAAGAGCCGCGUUGAUUGUUUGGGUUCUCUCUAAGGUUAGGGUUUAGAUGGUAGAGAGUUUGUUUGUAGGUUGUGGAUUGAUGAAGUUAGGGUUUGUCAAGUUUGAUGAAGUAGAUGAGGGUUUUUUUUAAGUUUCCCUAUUGGCAUCUGUAUUAUCAUGUUCCUUCGCAGCAUCUUGUCAUUUUAGUUUUGUGGGGGAUUUGUUGGAGAUGGAUUGGAGAACUAGGGUUUGUCCAAGGGUUUUGGAUUCUUCAGUGAGAGCUGGUUUGGCGCUGUUGCGGGAAUAAUGGGGACUCUAUUGCCAUUAGUACCAGCUGGUGAUAUGCUUCAUUAAUUCAAGUGUUUGUACUGAUGAAUGGAUUUCCAUAGGAUCACCAUGAGCUUCAGAAUGUGGUUAGCUUGAUUUUGGUCAUUGACAAUGAAUUCUCGUUUGUUCGGAAAUGGCAUUUAGUGGUUGAUGUUUUGAAGAACUUGGAACCCUGACGUCUCCGCAAAUCACUAUAUUUAUGUGUCUUUGCUGGUGUGAAGAAGAAGAAGAAGAAGAAGAAGAAGCUGGAAUGGGUGCGCUGUUGCAGAAGAAGUUCUGAGGCUGUAAGUUCCCAUUCUUCAUGUUUCAUCUGUAAUUUUAGACAUUUUUCAUGAAAUUUACUACCAUGGAAAUAAUGGAACCUGUUGAUUGUAUCUCUAGAUUGUUUUGGCGUGUACGAGUGCAAAAUAAAAUUGUAUCUGUUGUCGCUGCUCAAGUGACUUGUUGUGCUGUCCGAUUUUCUGUUUGAAUUAUGUAAAUAGAAUCACAGACUUUGAUGCCUGUCUUUUUAA